UGUAUCGUUUCGUUUUUGAGUUUGUAUUUACAAUUCUCAUUGUAUAUUCUAUUUGUUUGCGUUAUUGGUACAAAAUGAUCCCAUAAUAAAAAGCGCAGCUCACACGUUCAAUUGUAUGUGUGUUUAUGGGGCAUUUUGCCAUGACCAUAAUAAGAAGAGCCGUUGACGUUACGUAUAGCAGCAGCACACGAAAGCGGCCAAUGCGCGGUCUGGACAAAAAAAGAUCAAUCCGGCGUGUGUCUAUACGGUGCCCUCUGCUGGCAGCCAUUGACAACUGUAAACGUUUAACCCUUCCCGUAGUCUGUCUGUGCGCUAUCGGUUGAAGAUGGCGUCCAGAGCGCUUCAGAGCUCUUUCUCCGGCCUUUAUCAGGCUGCCAACAAAACCAGGACGAUAGGACACGUUACUGCUACGAUCAGGGGCCUGUCAGUCUCUAAUAGUCAGCAUCGGGAGGACAGCUGGUUCAAAUCAUUAUUUGUGAGGAAGGUAGACCCAAGGAAAGACGCUCACUCCCACCUGUUAGCUAAGAAAGAAGAUAACAACUUGUACAAAAUACAGUUUCACAAUGUGAAACCAGAGUGUCUUGAGGCCUACAACAAACUCUGGUAAGUCAAACUUCUUGCAUUUAUGAAAAAAGUCAAAUCACUUCAUAUGGUAUUAAUUAAGCAAGAUGACUUGAUAUUAACUAGAGA